AGUGCUACACAGAGAUAAGGAAACAGGAACUAAACCUGUACUGUGACCAUUCAACGCAGAAAAUGUAACAAGAAUUGCGAGGUUCAGGGGUUGUGUCAGGUGUGCUUUUCUUACAGAUAGGACUCUGAAUGGAGCCAACUAAUCUGCAGAAGGCCAUUGCUGUUGCUCAGAAAGCUUCAGAAGAGGAUCAGGCUGGAAAUUAUGAGGAAGCCAUUCGAUCCUACCAGCAUGCCGUCAAGUAUUUUCUCCAUAUAUUGAAACGUGAACCUCAAGGGAAAGAUGGAAAUCAGAAGAUUAGAGAUAAAUGUAAACUGUAUUUGGACAGAGUGGAGGAACUACAAGAGUACAUGGCAAAUAAAGAGAAAGCCAUUGAUCUAGCCAGCAAGGCUGCACAGGAAGACAAAAAUCAAAACUAUGACGAGGCUCUCCGACUUUACCAAGCAGCGGUUCAGUAUUUCCUUCAUGUUGUUAAAUAUGAAGCCCAGGGAGACAAAGCCAAACAAAGCAUUCGGGCGAAGUGUGCAGAAUACUUGGACAGGGCAGAGAAGUUGAAGGAGUAUCUAAAGAAGAAGGAGAAAGCUCCUCCCGCCAAGCCUGUCAAAGAAUCUCAAUCUGACGACAAAGGGAAUGAAAGUGAUGAAGGAGAUGAUCCAGAGAAAAAGAAGUUUCAAAACCAGCUCUCAGGUGCAAUCGUCAUGGAGAAGCCAAACAUAAAAUGGAACGAUGUUGCUGGUUUAGAGGGAGCCAAGGAGGCACUGAAAGAAGCUGUUAUACUUCCAAUUAAAUUCCCCCACCUUUUCACAGGUAAGAGAACUCCAUGGAGGGGGAUCUUGCUGUUUGGGCCUCCAGGUACAGGAAAGUCCUACCUGGCUAAAGCUGUCGCAACAGAGGCAAACAACUCGACCUUUUUCUCGAUUUCAUCGUCUGAUCUCGUUUCCAAAUGGCUCGGGGAGAGUGAAAAGUUGGUGAAGAAUCUUUUCAGCCUUGCAAGAGAGCAUAAGCCUUCAAUUAUCUUCAUAGAUGAGAUAGAUUCCCUGUGUGGUUCCAGAAGUGAGAAUGAGAGCGAAGCUGCUCGUCGUAUUAAAACAGAGUUCCUGGUUCAGAUGCAGGGUGUGGGGAAUGACAAUGAGGGAGUGCUGGUUCUUGGGGCAACAAACAUCCCUUGGACUCUAGACUCAGCCAUCAGAAGAAGAUUUGAGAAGAGGAUCUACAUCCCUCUGCCUGAAGAGCACGCCCGCGCCUUUAUGUUUAAGCUCCAUCUGGGCUCCACCCCCACCACCCUUACAGAAUCUGACUUUGCCACCCUGGGCAAGAAGACAAAUGGAUACUCGGGAGCAGACAUCAGCGUCAUCGUCAGAGAUGCUCUGAUGCAGCCUGUGCGAAAGGUCCAGUCAGCAACCCACUUCAAACGGGUGCGGGGGCCAUCAAGAGAUGACCCCAAUGUUGUUGUUGACGACUUACUGACGCCUUGUUCACCUGGUGAUCCAAAUGCUAUUGAAAUGACCUGGAUGGAGGUUCCUGGGGAGAAGUUAUUGGAACCUGUUGUGUGCAUGGCUGAUAUGUUGAGGUCUCUGGCCAACACAAAGCCAACAGUCAACGAACAAGAUCUGGAGAAACUGAAAAAAUUCACAGAAGACUUUGGACAAGAGGGCUAGACUGACUAACGAAGCCAAACCAAAGCAAAGAAAUCGUUUUGUCUCUUUACUGUGCUUGUCCUCCUUUACUCUGUCUCAUUUUAGCCAUUUUCUCAGCCUCAUAGAUUAUCCAAAUAGACAAAAUUUGUUCCUGGUUUUGGCUAUUUGAUAACCACACCAAGGAUGGGAGUCAUAGUUUUAUUGUGUAGUCCCUACUGUCCAAAGAAAAGGACAACAUUGCAUAUUUAUGAUUUGGUUAAAGGUUUAGCAUCACAUCAGAAACCUCUGUCCACCUUGAGCGCUAAAUGUUAGUUAUUUAUUUGAUUUAGCAACAAAUCAUCUUAGAGAUGUAUUGAUAUACACAAGUAAUGCAAGAAGGUUGUCUUUAUUCUUCAACUUGUCUGUACUUCCCACCAGGUCAAUAACCAUCUCAGCAUAUUAUCUAUUUUUAUGAGGAUAAAACAAGCAAUUUAUAGAAUAUACUCAAAGGAAGAAAUGCCUAUACAUUUGAGAAAUGUGUGAGAAAUAACGUGACUUCAGUAAAUUUGUCUCCAACUUGGACAGAACCUUCAGACAUACUCAGGAUGAGUGUUUGUACAGACUUUGAAAUCUUUAUCCACCUUCCAAACCAAUGAAAGUUGAUGUGUUUACUUUUUCUCCAUAAAAACACAGCCCUUAUAACGGGGUUAUUGGUGGUCGCCGACCAGCGUUAUGUUCCCAUUUCACAGGGACAUAAAUACUUAUAUUGUUUUGGCUUUAUUUUUGUUUUCCACAACCUACCUUUUUUUUCUCAUGUCUAAAGGCUUUGCUGUUUACAUGAUUAAACGGCAAAAAAAACAAAAAACAUCUAAGCCUUCCAUUUAAAUAUAGUUAAAUUGUGAAUUUGGUUAAAAUAGUAUUGUCAUGGUUUGAAUCUAAAUGGUUCAGGCUGCAAGACAUUAACAACAGCAUGCAACUUUAAUAAUUUAAGUAGACAAAUAUGACUUUGUGCACCAUGUGCCUUCUAGAAAAGCUGUGUGGUUUUGGUUUAUUUUUAAAUUAAUCAAAAAAUCAAGUGCUUUGUCACUACAACUAAGGAAUGUACUGUACUUGUACAUUUCUUGUUAACUCUAGACUGUAUUUAGCUGUACUUCUGGUCUUUGGCUGUAUAAACAUGUCUCCUGCAAAAUUUUUAAGGGCAAUGUUUCAUUUUAUUGUAUGUCUACACAUGUAUGUAGCCAACUCUUAAACCUUUUGCUUUAAGAAGAGGCAACUUAUGCAUUUAGUUUUCUGUUUUUCACUUCCUCUAUGUAAAUAAAAGUUAACGCUAUAUCACAA